AUGACAUGGAAUUACAGCCGGGUUCACGGAAAUGCUCCGGGACAGCGGCCAGAAUCACUAGAGAGAAAGGCUUAUCACCAUCUUACGUUGCUAGUUGAAGCAGAUCUUAUGGUGUUGUCUACUGCUUUGCGGUCUCCUUUCCGGGAUUACAUUCAAACAAACGCGACUCGUAGCAUUAGGGCUCCUGCUGUCGGUUUCUUGAAGCAGGAUGACCCUUCUGCUGAGGUUCACACAGUUCGUGACGCCCUUGUGGAGCACUUCAAGUCACAGUUUGAGGAGUGCCCCAUCAGUGAGGUUGACGUUGAUGAGGAGGUACAGAAAAACGAGCAAUGUGCGAAAAUCCUUACAGACCUGACUGACUGGAAUUGGAUUUUUGGAAAGACUCCGAAAUUUUGGUUCGAAAACGGGCCUACAAAGCAAUAUGUGGAAGCAGGCAUUAUAAAAGAGUGCUCAUUAGGGAAUGCAGGACAGAAAUUUGAACCAAGUAUUUUGGAAUAUAAAAUUGCUUCAAAUUGA